GAAAUUUAGUUAUCGGCAGGAGUUAUUCUUAAAAAAUUCUCGAAAGCCGACAUUCUCAACUGCCCAUAAUCUCGCCUUUUCCGAGGUCAGGAUCGCCAACGUUACAUUUAAAUAAUUUUUUAACCUCACUUUUAAACAUCAGAAUGAGCAAAAAUCGCGAAUUAUUAUCAAAAAUCGGCUUAAGACAGGACGGAAGACGCGCCGACGAGUUACGGAGGAUCCGCUGCAAGCUGGGCGUGUUCACUGAACCCGACGGUAGCGCCUAUUUGGAGCAGGGCUUGACUAAAGUUCUGGCGGCUGUGUAUGGGCCCCACCAGGUCCGCGGCAGUCGCAGCAAAGCGCAACAUGACUCGGCUGUGGUCAACUGCCAGUUUAGCAUGGCUGUGUUUUCAACAGGGGAGAGGAAGAAGCGGCCCCGGGGGGACCGCAAGUCGACUGAAAUCUCCAUUCACUUGAGGCAGGCUUUAACUGCGGCGAUCAAAGUCGAGUUGUAUCCCUGGACCCAGAUUGAUGUUUAUGUUGAGGUGCUGCAUGCAGAUGGGGGCAUUUAUCCGGCUUGUGUGAACGCCGCCACUUUGGCACUGAUUGAUGCGGGGAUUCCGUUAAAGGAAUAUGUCUGUGCGUGUACUGCAAGUUUGGCAAAUAAUGAUGUGCCGCUACUUGAUGUUUCGCACCAGGAAGAGAUAAUAGGGGGGCCCACGUUGACAGUGGCAGCGUUACCAAUGUCGGGGAAGAUUGUCUUGAUGGAAAUGUCACAGAGGUUUCAUGUGGACCACUUACAGAAGGUUUUAGACAAGGCUUUACAAGGGUGUAAAGACAUUAAAAGUAUUUUGGAUGAGGCAGUCAAGAGUCACAUUCAGGAUGUUGGUAGUUCGACAGGUUGGGCAAGCACAACGUGAGGAGAGCAUGUAUAGAAUAUAUUUCUGACAAUUAUUGAUUAUAUUACAUUAUAAAAGAACCUUUUUUAUUAAUUAAAUAAUGUAUAGAAAAGCUA